CCACACUAAUAUUACAGCAGCACAUGAUGCAGAUAUUGAACUUUCCAUUCCUUCUUUCCUGGAAAUAGAGGGCUCCGGUGAAGGAUUAUUUAGCAUCAAAGAUGCAGUUAGCCACUUUCCAGUUCUUUCUUCCUCGGAGGUGAGUCGCCACAUAGUUCCAGUGACAAAUAAAAUCCCACUAGAUUCACAUCCUCUUCAUACAGCUGUUACUGGUGGACUUGAUGGAGGGUCUGGACUGACCACAUCUGGUUCACCCAUACCUAGAUCUGAAACAGAAAAGAUAUUUCUCAAAGUGCCUAUGGAAGUGGCAGACAAAUCUCCUGCAACAGCUCAGGUAAAUGAGAAGGAAUCUGUUGAUACAUUAUUGUCAGCCCCAACAAAAAGCAUGGAUGUGACCUUUCCCUAUGUCACUGUUAUGCCUGCAUUUGAAGAAAUGUCUCAACAUGCCAGAACAGAAGCAACAAAAGUGAUCACCAUGACUGAAGAGCUGCCAGUGAAGGAUAUUGAGCUUUCAGAUAAAUUUCCAGCUACUGAGAAAAGCGCAAAAGCAGAGAAAGAUUUGCAGACACCAGUGCCGUUUGUAGAUUUAGAAGGUUCUGGUGAAGGAAUAUUUACCUUCAAACAAGUAGUUACAGAUGUUUCCACUCCAGAAACACACAGCCAUUCAGUCUCAGUGACGAGCAAAACAUCACUGGAAGAGGAAGCUCCUUAUACAGCUGUUACUGCUGGCCAUGAGGCAGAAGCUAGGAUAUCCACAUCUGAUUUACCCAAGAUAGAGGCAGAGACACAAAAAACAUUGAUAAAAAUAUUUACUGAAGCAGCAGACAAAUCUCCAGCAAUAACUUUGGUUGACAAAGUGCAAACUGUUGAUACAUUGUUUUCAGUCUCAACUAAAGCUCCCCAUGUCACUGUUACACCAGCAGUUGAACAGAAGUCUGAAGAAUUUACAUCAGAAUCAACAAAAUCAAUGACUGGAAUGUACAGUUUGCCUGGAAAAGUGAUUAUAAAGCCUUCAGGGACCUCUGCAGCAAUUGAAGAAACCACAGAAAUGAUGGAAGUUUCCCACAAACAGCCUCCUCUUUCAGAUGAAGAAAGUUCUGGUGAAAAAGUUGAACAAGAACAUAUUUCGGCAUCAGUUCAUCCUGGUGUUGGAGAUGGCAGUGAAAGUGAAGAAGACUCAACUGAGAGAACAAGUGCCAUCACAAUACAAAGCAGUGAAGAAACUGUGGAAGUUGGCUUACACACAACAAUUUCAUUACAUGAGCAGCAAAGCACUGUUGAAGCUAUCCACAGUGAGGAAUCACAACAAGAAGCGGAGGUUCAGUCCAUUACUGGGGCUGUGCAUCAGGAAAAAACUGACAUGUCCACGCUCAAAGGACAAGAGAAAACUGAGGUUAUUGGUAAACCACAAUCAAAACCAUCUGUUGAAUACCCUAGGCCUUCACCAACUCCCAGGGAACCACUCAUAUUUACUACUGAAGCAAGCAAACAAACAGUCCUUCCUUUUAUAGAAGAAGCUUCUAGUGAAUUAACAAAGGUGCAGUUUGCCAAAGAGUUUUCUCCUACCUCUGCUCUGAUUGGUGAAGAGUUCUCACCAAAACAGCCAAAAGUAUUUGUCAGUAGUAUACAUGUAAAAGAAACCCCACUGGUAACUACCCCAACUCUUGUUUCAACAGACAGGGUAAAGGAUAAAUUUCAGCCUAGGUUGGUUGAUAGGACAAGAAUCCAAACAGAUGAUGAAAUGAAUUAUACACAAAAAAUAAUUUCUAGUACUGCCAGGAGUGAAGAGGAUUAUAAAAAAAUUGAAUCAUUGUUAAAAACAGUUAAAGCAGAGCUAAAAGAAACCCAGGAGGGAACUACAAGACCUGAUGAGAAGACAUUAGAAAGUACGGGUUUUGUUUGGGAUGGGGGAGAUGACCAAUUAUCUGAAGAUAAAAUUACAGAUAGUUCUCUAGCACCUCAAAACUUUAGUGUAAUUUAUAUGAAUGGUAAGGAAAAUGGAAUUAGUAUUAUAGAAGAACAGAAAUUUGGAACCACUACAGUAUCAGAUUUUAUAAUUGAUGUUGACAAAAAAUUAGAAGAUGCUAAAGGAGAAAUUGAAAGUAUAAAUGUGGAUAAAAUUGAUGAAGAGACUCCAACUUAUCUGCCAACUCAUAACGCCACAAAAAGAUUGGAAAUUAUCCAAACUGCGGAACCGGAGCACAUUGCCACUUAUGCCUCGAGUGAUAUUGAGACAGAUAUUACUGGAUCUGGAGAUCUGCCUUCAUCUUUAAUCCCAGUAACACUUGAGCCAAAAGUUAUCAUCAGCACAGCUGCCACAACAGUUUCCUUGGAUAGAAUUGGGAAAGAUGUGUCUGAACCAGAGGUGACAAAGGACAUGUUGCCAUUAUUUAAGACCACAAUUUUACCUCAACACGUAUCUGUUUCAUCCACGGAAGGCAUAAGGAAAAAUGUGUCAAAAAUAAUUCCUGUUGAAGAAGAUGGUGACACAUACACAUCGACUGUGCAAACUUCUAUCGAGUAUGUAGAUGGUCAAAGCACGCCUUCAGAAAAAUCACCAACUUAUCAAGUAGUCAAUGAUUCAAAGGCCCAUGUCAGUGAAGGAUACAUUCAUCCUAUGACAGAACGUAAGGACAUUGAAGGCUCAACAGCAUCCAGUUUAUUACAGGAGGAAUUUUCUGGAGAUGAUUUUCUAAGUGUUGAAGAUAGAGCAUAUACCCAUUUACUGGAUAAGGCUGCCCAAACACAGACUUCAUCUGAACUUGGUUUUGAGUUUGCUAACACAGUAAGUUCACCAACAAAAGCAACUUCUACUGAAAAGCAAGCUGUGACUUUAACAGAGCUGCUUACAGAACACGUAUCUGCUAAUAACUUUACUUCCUCUUCUACAGAAGAAGGUAUAUCAAUAGAAUUGCCAGACCAGAAGCAUGGUAAAGAAUUGGUGAUGAUUGCAACAAUGGAACCAACAACACAGCAAAUUAAAAUGGAAGAACCAGAAAGUUUGCCUUCACCAUCGAUCUUUGACUAUGUUUCUACAAAAGAAGAAAUUGGAGUAAGUCAAAUAAUUACACAACCAAUUAUUAGUCAGCAAGAAUUUUCAUACACAAUGGACAAGAGAACUGAGGAGACUGUGUCUAAUACAAUGUCUUUGUUAGAUUUGAGUUCAAAAUUACAAUUAGCAGAAAGUUCUGCUUCAGUCUCAACGCCAAUCAAAAUAUUUGAAAAAGAAUCACCUGUGCCACAAACAACCACUUCCCCAAGCGCAGUGGGUGAAACUCCCUUAUAUGAAAUUCACAUACAUGCCUCAGAACACAUUACAGGGACUGUAUUGCCACCAGACGCAGAUACUGCCAUGCCUGGAGAAGUAGAUGCAUCACCAGCACAGAAUAAUUACGUUGAAAUUUCUAAAGACACUUCAGUCAGUGCAACAUCUUUAAGGCCAGCUACAGAACAAAAGGAUCCUGAAAAGGAUAUUAAAGAAUCUGUUAAAGUCACAACAAUAUCAUCCUCUUUACAUGAGAACACUUCACAGCAGCUGGAACUAUUUGUGAAGCAAGAUCUCAAAGAUACAACAGUAGUGACACAUGCAAAAAUAAGUGAAUUAAGGACUCCUCCUUCAAUACAUCCUUCACCUUUUGUAGAAGGGUCUCUAACAGAUGGCACCGACAUUCACACAGAUGUACCUCCUCCAUCACCCCUGGACAGAUCAGAAGAUGGAAGAUCUACACAAACACCUCAACUAUUGAUAAAGAGUACUGAUGAUUCUGGUAAAAUUAUCUUUCAUUUGGUACAAAUUGAUAACAAAACUACUGAAACCACAUUGGUGUCAACAGCUCGCUCAAAGACCACCUCUGAAAUCGAAUCUCGGGAGCACAGUAAAACGGGUGAACCAAUGAUUACUGGUGUGCCAGAGGACGGUGAGACUGUUCAUGUACCAGUUCUGAUAGCACAAGUUAAUCCCUGUGAAAAACAACCUUGCCAACAUGGAGGCAGUUGUUACCCACGAGAAACAAGUUAUAUUUGCACCUGUUUGCCAGGAUUCACCGGGGAUCAUUGUGAACUAGAUAUAGAUGAAUGUCAAUCCAAUCCUUGCCGUAAUGGAGCCACAUGUAUUGACGGUGCCAACUGUUUCAGUUGUAUCUGCUUACCAAGCUAUGGUGGUGCUUUGUGUGAACAAGAUACGCAGGUGUGUGAUUUUGGCUGGCACAAAUUCCAAGGACACUGCUACAAAUACUUUGGUCACCGGCGGGCUUGGGAAGAUGCAGAGAAGGAAUGUCGUCUGCAGGGUGGUCACUUGGCCAGCAUCCUCACACACGAAGAGCAACUUUUUGUGAACCGUAUUGGCCAGGACUACCAAUGGAUUGGCCUAAAUGACAAAAUGUUUGAACAUGAUUUCCGUUGGACUGAUGGAAGCCCUCUGCAAUACGAAAACUGGCGCCCAAACCAGCCCGACAGUUUCUUUUCUACUGGAGAGGACUGUGUUGUUAUGAUCUGGCAUGAAGAUGGCCAGUGGAAUGAUGUUCCAUGUAACUACCACCUAACCUACACUUGUAAAAAAGGCACAGUUGCCUGCGGUCAACCUCCUGUUGUGAAGAAUGCCAGGAUGUUUGGGAAAUUGAAACCUCGAUAUGAAAUAAAUUCGAUGAUCAGGUACCACUGCAGUGCAGGCUUUAUCCAACGCCACUUUCCAGUCAUUAAAUGUCGAACCAAUGGAUACUGGGAUAAACCAAAAGUCGCCUGCAUAACACCUUCAACAUAUCAGCGAAACUCCCGAAGGUAUAUUCACGGAUUAUACCGGAAAGGAAUGAAAAGUUCUCAAGAACCUAUCCGGCAUCAUCAUCGCUGGAUCAGGAAAUUCCAUUCAGGGCACUGACUGCACCACUGAAUGAACCUGGAUGAUUAAUUGUCUGAUUCCAAAACAUUGAACAUCCUCUUCCUCAAUCAAUCUCUCACUUCUACAGCUACAAGAUUCCUGUGUAUUGUAUUUCUAAGGAUGCAAGGUGGGAUCAAGCCCAGAGACUGCAUUGUGAAGCUGCUCUUUAACUCACCUGGAUACAAGCAAUCAGAAUAGCAAGUGCAAAAGGACGCUACAUGACCUUUCCGAAAACCGUUUGGUUCUUUCUGAGGUCACAAGUGCUAAUAUAUUAACUUUCUCAGAUAUGGCAGCUUUUGCAACCCUCACUAACCAUACUACAAUAUGGAGCUGCCUUUUUCUAAGGGUGAAUAUAAACCUACCUUUUUUUUUUGUAAAAAAAAACAAAAAAAUAAAUUAAUUUUUGUAUAUAUAA